CAGCUCAGCCAACGAGCAGAAGUUUGGUUUCUGAGGAGAACAAUGAGUGAGUGCGACAGGCCGUGAUCAUAAUCGAGCUGGAUAACAUGGCCUGGAUGAUGGAUGAUGAUGAUUAGCACUGACACUCCGGGCCCGCCACGCCGCCGGCCGACGUGGCCGCGCCGGGUGCGCCGGUGAGGCAGUGGGGUGGCGGCUAUAAAUGGCAACCCGAUGGAAGGAGGAGCUCCUCGGCAAACACGCGCAGGCGCACACCUUCUUCUCGUUCUUGUCAAGAUUAGCAGAGGUGAUAAUCGAUCAGUCCUCCCACCAAUUCCUCUCCCCCUUCUUUGGAUUCUCCUCCGUCUUUUCCCAUGUCAAUGGAGGCCGGAGACCGCGGGGCGACGCCGGCGCCGGUGCCGUGGUCCUACGGUCGGCUGCCGGACGAUGACGAGGCCCAGGCUGGGCGCGCGCGCCCUGACCGGACCGGGCCGGUGUGCGCUGCAAUGCUCAUGACUUUAGCCGCCGUGCUCCUUGCUGUCGCCGCGCUCGCCGGGGUCAGGCUUGCCAGCGAGCUGCCGGCGUCGGGCAUCGUCAUGUCCGGCCACCCGGCCGAGGUUGACGCGGCGCCGUCGUGCACCAGCAGCCGGGGGCCUGAGUCCGGCGUCUCGGAGAAGACGUCCGGCGCCGGUGCACACGGCGGCAUGCUUGGUGCCGACGCUGGCGGCAAUGCGUUCCCGUGGAGCAAUGCCAUGCUCCAGUGGCAGCGCACGGGAUUCCACUUCCAGCCCGAGAAGAACUGGAUGAACGACCCCAACGGUCCCGUGUACUACAAGGGAUGGUACCACCUCUUCUACCAGUACAACCCGGACGGCGCCAUCUGGGGCAACAAGAUCGCGUGGGGUCACGCCGCCUCCCGCGACCUGCUCCGGUGGCGCCACCUCCCCGUCGCAAUGUCCCCCGACCAAUGGUAUGACAUCAACGGCGUCUGGUCGGGCUCCGCCACCGUCCUCCCCGACGGCCGCAUCGUCAUGCUCUACACCGGCUCCACAAACGCGUCGGUCCAGGUCCAAUGCCUGGCCUUUCCGACCGACCCCUCCGACCCUUUGCUCAUCAACUGGACCAAGUAUGACAACAACCCGGUGAUGUACCCGCCACCGGGCGUCGGGGAGAAGGACUUCAGGGACCCGACCACUGCAUGGUUUGAUGGUUCCGACGACACAUGGCGGCUCGUUAUCGGCUCCAAGGAUGAUCGCCAUGCCGGCAUGGUGAUGGCUUACAAGACCAAGGAUUUCAUCGAUUAUGAGCUUGUCCCCGGGUUGCUUCACCGUGUACCGGGGACGGGCAUGUGGGAGUGCAUCGAUUUAUACCCGGUUGGCGGUGCAAGGGGCAUCGAUAUGACAGAGGCAGUGGCGGCCGCGUCCAUGAAUGCGGGCGACGGUGUUUUGCACGUGAUGAAGGAGAGCUCGGACGAUGACCGGCACGACUACUAUGCGUUGGGGCAAUACGACGCGGCAAAGAACAUGUGGACCCCACUGGACACCGACGCCGAUGUUGGUGUCGGGCUGAGGUAUGACUGGGGAAAGUUCUACGCGUCUAAGACGUUCUACGAUCCAGCAAAGAAGCGGCGGGUGCUAUGGGGGUGGGUCGGCGAGACCGACUCUGAGCGCGCCGACGUCGCCAAGGGAUGGGCGUCGCUCCAGUCGAUCCCUCGGACGGUGGUGCUGGACACCAAGACGGGAAGCAACCUCCUGCAAUGGCCGGUGCGGGAGGUGGAGACGCUCCGGACCAACUCCACCGACCUCAGCCGGGUCACCAUCAACCACGGCUCCGUCUUCCCGCUCAGCCUUCACCGUGCCACUCAACUAGACAUCGAGGCCUCAUUCCACAUCGACCAGCUAGAUGUCGCCGCAGCCAACGAGGCCGACGUCGGCUACAAUUGUAGCACCAGUGGCGGGGCGGCGGGCCGAGGCGCUCUCGGACCCUUCGGCCUGCUCGUGCUCGCCGAUGCCAGGCACCACGGUGGUGAUGCGGAGCGGACCUCCGUCUAUUUCUAUGUAUCGAGGGGCCUCGAUGGAGGCAUGCGCACACACUUCUGCCAUGACGAGACGCAUUCGUCUCGUGCCAAUGACAUUGUCAAGAGGGUUGUUGGCAACACUGUGCCGGUGCUGAACGGUGAGGACCUGUCAGUGAGGGUGCUGGUGGACCACUCCAUCGUAGAGAGCUUUGCAAUGGGCGGGAGGUCCACGGUGACGUCACGGGUGUAUCCGACCGAGGCCAUCUAUGCCAACGCUGGGGUGUACCUCUUCAACAACGCCACCAGCGCCCGUGUCACUGUAACCAGCCUCGUCGCCCACGAGAUGGACUCCUCCUAUAACCAGGCCUACGUCGCCUCGAUGUAGAAUGAAAACAGAAAGAUCAUAUUUUUGAUAGCAUAUACAUAUAUGUGUAAUUUCCUUUCUGAUUUUCUCCUCACUCCCGCUAUCUUUGUUUCCCUUUUCAUUUUUAUUAUGUCUAUUCAUUGUCAAGGUCUUCCAAAAAGUUGUAGUUGAGCUAGUGGAAGAUGCCAUGAUAUGCAAAGCUAGAGCUGUAUAUGUACUACAUCAAUCAAAUCAAUUUUUACAGAA